CGGCAUCCACUACAUAGAAUUAUAAACCCUUUAGGCUUCUCGUUUCUUUUUCUCUCUUAGAGAAUUGGCACCAUGGUCAUCGCAGCUGUUGGGCAAAUAUGCUCCACUGCCUCCCUCAGUCAUAAUCUCGAACAGUGUGUGGGUUUGAUCAGCAAGGCCGCAGUUGGUGGUGCAAGGGUUCUCUUUCUCCCCGAGGCAUCCGACUACAUCGCAGCCAACUCGCAGGAGUCCCUCUCCCUCGCCCAGCCAGAGUCCCAAUCCCCCUUCGUCCGCGGCAUACAAGCCGCAGCCAAAGAGCACCGUUUGUCCGUCAACGUCGGCAUCCAUGUCCCGGUCUCCGUUCCCGUCUCGCCCACCUCCCCUGGCAGCCCGCCAGAAACCGUAACCAAACUCUCCAACCGCUCCCUCUGGAUCGACCCUGACGGCACCAUCAACCACCGUGCCACCUACGACAAACUCCAUCUCUUUGACUACGGCUUGCUCCGCGAAUCCGCCACUGUCCAGUCGGGCCGCCGCCUCACGGAGCCUUUCCCAAGCCCAGUCGGCCGCAUCGGAAGCCUCAUCUGCUUCGACCUUCGCUUCCCCGAAGCGUCCCUCGCUCUCGCCCAACCCGGACCCGGCUGCCCCUGGGUCAGCUCCCCGGCCGAGGUGGUCCUCUACCCUUCCGCCUUCACCCUUCGCACCGGAGUCGCCCACUGGGAAACCCUGUUGCGCGCCAGGGCCAUCGAGACCCAGAGCUGGGUUAUCGCUGCCGCACAGGUCGGUCGUCACAACGCGAAGCGCUCCAGCUACGGCCACAGCAUAGUCGUCGACCCUUGGGGGACUGUGAAGCUCGAGCUCGGAGGCGUCAACGACGAGGGAGAGGCUGUCGAAGGCGCCGUUGGCGCGGUGGGGUUCGUCGAUAUCGACCUGGACGAGGUGGCGCGGGUUCGAGAGGGCAUGCCCUUGAUGCGACGAACAGACCUAUACCCCCUAUCGUGAUCGAAAGCAGGGGAGGAAAGCGAAAAAUAGACUCUUGUUCGGGUACUCUGUUGUCCCUUAGAGCGACAUCCAGGACACGAGAUCUCGGCUCUUUCAUCGGUACCUUCUCUGGUGACUUAAAGACGCAGAUGUGCUUGAAGCCGAGACUGUCAUGACAUAGGAGAUAGGCAGCGGAACCCACGCAGCCCCGACAUCGGCUUUGAGGCUGGAAUAGACGGACUCGUCAUGGAAGGCGUGCCUAGACUUCUCCCCCAACGAAUAAUACGAUACCAUUGGUACAACCGGUAUCUUGGGUGUGUGCCUAGUCCCUAUGAGAAAUACUGGUCCCCUUACCAU